AUGGCUACUGCUACUUCUUGUUGGAUUCUGUUCUACUUGGUUGUAGCCAGUUUUGGCGAGUACUGCAUGGCUAGCCAGAUUGGUUUGGGUUCAAAACUGCUGGCUCGUGAGGACCGAGCAUGGAUGUCGGAUAAUGGCACGUUUGCUUUUGGGUUCACUCCAGAGGAUGGACGUGAUGAUCAGUUUCAAAUUGCUGUUUGGUUUGCAGAGCUUCCCGGAGAUCGAAUAACAGUUUGGACAGCCAGAGACUCUCGGCCGGUCACCAACAACGCAAUCUUGGAGCUCGACACCACUGGAAACCUUGUCCUCAUCGACGGCGACACCACCGUCUGGAUGUCCAACACCUCCGGCGCCAGCGUCCAAUACGCGGUCAUGUCAGAGACCGGCAACUUCAUCCUCUACGACAUAGAAAAGUACACUGCGUGGCAGAGCUUUUCACACCCAUCUGACACUCUCCUCCCAAACCAACCCCUAACAGUCUCACUAGAGCUGACGACAUCUAAGUCAGCUUCACACGGUGGCUAUUACUCCCUCAAAAUGCUUCAACAACCCACUUCACUGAGCCUUGCAUUGACCUACAAUUUGCCUGAAAGUUAUGUAAACUUGCCGGAAUCUUACGCCAACUAUUCCUACUGGCAAGGACCCGACAUCUCAAAUGUGACCGGAGACGUUGUUGCAGUCUUAGAUGAAGCAGGCAGCUUUGGAAUUGUUUAUGGGGAAUCAUUGGAUGGUGCUGUCUAUGUGUACAAGAAUGAUGGUGAUGAAAAGGGAUUGUCAGCAGCAUCGAACCGAUCAACCAGGUUGGCCGUUCUUCGAAGAUUGACACUUGAGACGAAUGGGAACAUACGUUUGUAUAGAUGGGAUGAUGAUAUAAAUGGCUCACGCCAAUGGGUGCCAGAAUGGGCUGCAGUUUCCAACCCUUGUGACAUUGCAGGAAUUUGCGGUAAUGGGAUAUGUAAUUUGGAUAGGAGCAAGACUAAUGCUUCUUGUACAUGUUUACCGGGGACGUUUAAGGUAGAAGGCGGUAGUCAGUGCUCGGAGAAUUCGUCGUUGAUAGGAAAAUGUGAUUCGCGGAAUGAAAAUUCGACGUCGACCCUGUUUCGGAUGUCAAUGGCGCAGCAAACCAAUUAUUAUUAUUCGGAUUUUUCGGUGAUAGCAAAUUAUAGCGAUGUUGCAACGGUGUCGAAGUGUGGGGAUGCUUGUUUAUCAGAUUGCGAGUGUGUUGCUUCUGUCUAUGGGCUCGAUGCUGAGAAGCCUUACUGUUGGGUGUUGAAGAGCUUGGAUUUUGGUGGGUUUGAGGACGCUGGCUCAACCCUUUUCGUGAAGGUUAGGUCUAAUGGUUCGAACACGCCAGAAAGCAAUUCUGGGGGUUCUUCGGAAGGGUCCGGGAGUAGUACGCGAGAGAAGGUUUUGGUUAUUCCUAUCGUGCUUAGCAUGACAUUUCUCAUUGGGCUACUUUGUUUGUUAUUGUACUACAAUGUUCAUAGAAAAAGAGCUUUAAAGAGAGCCAUGGAGAGUUCCCUGAUCUUGGAAGGUGCUCCGUUGAAUUUCGGCUACCGUGAUUUACAAAUCCGGACGUGGAAUUUUUCCCAGUUGCUUGGAACAGGGGGAUUUGGGAGUGUAUAUAAAGGAAGCCUAGCAGAUGGGACUUUGAUCGCAGUGAAGAAACUAGAAAGGGUGUUGCCUCAUGGAGAGAAGGAAUUUAUAACCGAAGUGAACACUAUAGGCUCCAUGCAUCACAUGAACUUGGUUCGACUCUGUGGAUACUGCUCUGAGGGGCCACAACGGCUUCUAGUUUAUGAGUUCAUGAAAAACGGGUCCUUGGACAAAUGGAUCUUUCCUUCGUAUAAUAGCCGAGACAGGCUACUAGAUUGGUCAACUCGCAUCCAUAUAGCUGUUGCUACUGCACAAGGGAUUGCAUAUUUCCAUGAGCAGUGCAGAAAUCGAAUAAUCCACUGCGACAUCAAGCCAGAAAAUAUUUUGCUAGACGAGAAUUUCUGUCCUAAAGUGUCUGAUUUUGGACUCGCUAAGUUGAUGGGAAGAGAGCACUCGCAGGUUGUCACCAUGGUCAGAGGAACAAGAGGCUAUUUGGCUCCAGAGUGGGUUAGCAACCGCCCCAUCACUGUAAAGGCUGAUGUUUACAGCUAUGGAAUGCUGCUUCUAGAGAUAGUUGGGGGGAGGAGAAAUCUUGACAUGUCUUUUGAUGCUGAGGACUUCUUCUAUCCCGGAUGGGCUUUUACGGAGAUAACAAAUGGGACACCAAUAAAAGUUGCAGAUAGGAGACUAGAAGGUGCAGUAGAAGAAGAGGAGCUCAUAAGAGCACUAAAAGUUGCAUUAUGGUGCAUUCAGGAUGAGGUCUUCAUGAGACCUUCAAUGGGAGAAGUGGUAAAGAUGUUGGAAGGAUCAAUUGACAUCAACAUGCCGCCAAUGCCACAGACGGUUCUGGAGCUGGUUGAGGAAGGUCUGGAUCAUGUAUACAGAGCAAUGAAAAGAGAGUUCAAUCACUACAGCUCCUUCACAGUCAAUACCAAUCCUUCGACGUCUCAUGCUACAUGUAGUUAUUCCACAAUGUCACCUAGAUAGUGAAUGUAAAGCAAAGCUUCUUUCUUCUUUUUUUGGAAUCAUGAAAUCAUGGUAUACUGCUGAUUGGCAAAUAGUUUCCCCAAAGUUGGCCAA